AUGACUUCAUCUGUUCGAAGCUCUAUCACAUGCUUCUUAAACAGAAAAUGGAGAUCAAGUCUGAGCCCUGCUGGUAGAACUGUCAAAGACGAUUCGUUGUCUGCUGAAGAGGCAGCUCAAACUGCCAUGGCUCAGGCACAGCCCAGUCGCAAAAGUUAUGUCCAUGGCUGCAGUCAGACUCCUCUUCUUUUCGAAACUGUUGGAGAACGUCUUCGUCUAUCUGCAGAUCGGGUUCCUGAUAAAGAGUUUGUCAUCUUUAAAAGGGAUGGUAUCAGGAAGACCUAUCAACAGCUUCUGAAGGAUGCUGAACGUCUCGCUUGGGGUUUACUUCAUCUUGGAGUCGAAAAAGGAGAUCGUGUUGGAAUAUGGGGACCUAAUACAUAUGAAUGGGUUACUUGCCAAUUUGCUACGGCGUUGGCGGGAAUGGUUAUGGUCAACAUCAAUCCCUCAUACCAAUCGGAAGAAUUGAGAUUUGCAAUCGAUAAAGUUGGAAUCAAAGUUCUUAUUGCUCCACCUGGCUUCAAGAAAUCCAAUUAUUACCAAACUGUUCGGGAAGUAAUUCCUGAAAUCAGUGGUAAACCAGCAGGCAGAAGCGAUAUAACCUCUGUCGAAUUCCCUAACUUCCGUCAUUUAAUAAUAUUUGAUAAGGAUGAUAAUGCUUAUCAAGGUGCUUGGAAGUACAGCGAUGUUACAAAAAUGGGUACAGAGGAAGAUCGGCAGAAACUGGCCAAAAUCGAAAGAGAAACUCAACCAGAUGAUCCAAUUAAUAUUCAAUACACCAGUGGAACUACUGGACAACCUAAAGGAGCAACUCUCACUCAUCACAAUGUUCUCAAUAAUGCUUAUUUCAUUGGACUAAGAGCUGGUUAUCAUGAGCGAAAAACUAUAAUUUGCAUUCCAAAUCCACUUUACCAUUGUUUUGGAUGUGUUCUGGGAGUAUUAGCAGCUCUGGUACAUUUGCAGUCUUGCGUUUUCCCAGCUCCUUCUUUUGAAGCUCUGGCAGCUCUUCAAGCUGUUGAUGAGGAGAAAUGUACCGCCUUGUAUGGAACACCCACAAUGUUCAUUGACAUGCUUAAUCAUGCAGAUUAUAAGCAAUAUAAUUACGAUAGCAUAAGAUCAGGAUUCAUUGCUGGUGCUCCUUGUCCCAUCACCCUCUGUCGUCGUUUGGUGACUGAGAUGCAUAUGUACGACAUGCAGGUAUGUUAUGGAACAACUGAAACAUCUCCUGUUUCAUUCAUGUCUGUACGAGAAGAUCAUCCUGAACAGAGAAUUAAGAGUGUCGGACAUGUGAUGGAUCAUUUAGAGGCGGCCAUUGUUGAUAAAAGGGGUUGUAUCGUUCCACGAGGAGAGAAAGGAGAAGUUAUCGUUCGAGGAUAUUCGGUGAUGCGCUGCUAUUGGAAUAGUGAAGAACAAACCAAAAAAGAAAUAACUGAAGAUCGAUGGUAUCAUACGGGAGAUAUUGCUGUAAUGCAUGACAAUGGAACUAUCUCUAUUGUCGGAAGAUCAAAGGAUAUGAUUGUACGCGGAGGAGAAAACAUUUACCCAACAGAAGUUGAACAAUUCCUCUUCAAACACCCCCGGAUUGAAGAUGCUCAUAUUGUUGGAGUACCAGAUGAGCGAUAUGGAGAAGUAGUUUGCGCUUGGAUUAGAAUAAAUGAAACUUAUGAAGUUGAAAUAAGUGAAGAACAGAUUAAGGAAUGGUGUAAAGGAAAGAUUGCUCAUUUUAAGAUUCCUCGGUAUAUUCUAUUCAAGAAAGAGCAUGAGUUCCCGUUGACCGUCACCGGAAAAGUGAAGAAAUUUGAGAUCCGAGAACAAUCGAAGAUCGAGCUUGGCCUUCAACAGGUUGUGUCUCAUUUUGCCGAGUUAUAA